AUGUCAUUCUCCGGCGCUGUCCUCGGUGGGCUUACUUCUUCUUUCCACAGCGGAGGAGCCAAGCUUAGCAGCGUUAGCUCCGUCCGAAUUGGCCAGAAGACUGAGCUUGUCCUCGUCGCUCAGCGCAAGAAGUCGUUGGCCUUCGCCGUUAAAAGUGAAGGCAACAUCCUCGAUGACCUCAACGAUGCUACAAAGAAAGCUUCGGAUUUCGUGACGGAUAAGACAAAUGAGGCGUUGAAAGAUGGCGAGAAAGCAAAAGACGUCGUUGUUGAGAAAAACACUGAGGUCGGAGAGACGGUGGCGGAUGAAGCUAAGAAAGCUUUGGACUAUGUGUCUGAGAAAGGCAAAGAAGCCGGAAACGAGGCGGCCAAGUUUGCAGAGGGUAAAGCAGGAGAGGCUAAGGAUGCCACAAAAUAA